CCUCGGAGGAAAAUAUAUAAUUUUUUUUUCUCUCCUCAAGACUCGGCCUGUCGAGAGAGAGGUAGAGGAAAAGAGAGGCAACAACUACGGUGCAGCUUUCCCAGUUAGACGUCGGCUGGUGGCAAGAUUAGAAAAGAUCGAAGAGUAUCUAGGGUACUUUCGACGGUCUAACAUGGCCUAAGACUCGUCUGUCGUCGCAGACGAAGAAGGCGCAGGUGCACGUUGCAACCAGUGAAAGUAUCCCGGAGUGCAGUUACGAUCUAGCAUCUGUCAAUGCCCUCUUGCAUAGUCAGUCUUGCAGUAGCAGUGCCGUUUAGCCGAGGAACCGGGAUUUGAAGCACACUUGUUGUCGAAAGUGUCAGGAACGCUGAUCGUGCGCGAGGGAUCACAAGCGAAUCCAUCGUGAAACCCGGGGUGCCGACGUGAAUUCGUUCGAGGGCCCGUUUACUGACUUCGUCACUUCAUCCCCGAAGGAUCACAAGUAGACCACGAUGAUAGGAUCAACGGUGUUCCUCCUACUUCUGUUGGUUUCCAACGGCUUAGCUACUCUCUCCGUCGACUCUAACCCUGAAUACGUGAAACAAUGCUCGAGGAGCGAUCCGAAGCUGAAAUCCUGCCUGAUCGACUCCCUCCAUCACUUGAGACCGUACCUGAGCGUCGGCAUACCGGAAAUCGAGCUGCCUCCCGUUGAACCCUUUCGCAUGGACGAGCUGACUCUGUCCCUGACAGGUGGUACGAACGGUUACAAGGUACAGCUACGUGAACUGUUCGUAAGGGGAGCGAGCAACUACACCGUUGAGGACAUUAAACUCGGCUCACCCUUCGAGGCUAUUGUACGAAUGCCAGCCCUUAUCUUGGACGCGCAUUAUUCCAGUUCGGGUGUGCUGAUCAUUCUGCCCGCCAGUGGCAACGGAACAUUCCACGCGCGAUUUGACGAUGUUAAAGCUCUAGUCAAAGGUACCGUUUCUACGAAAGUACGGGAUGCAAAGACGUACCUUAACGUGGACAACUUAGACGUCGUCCUGGAUGUCAAGAACGUGCACAUGAGAGUUCGCAAGAUUUUCAAUAAUAAUCGAAUACUUACGGAAGCAACAAAUUUAUUCCUUCGCGAGAACGGACAGGAAGUGUUGAAAGCAAUGGAACCGCAACUGAAGAGGAAGCUGUCCGUACUCUUCGCCGGCAUCGUCAAUCAAUUAUUGCGUCACGUGCCGGUCGAAGUAUUCCUUCUACCUUGAAUACCUGCAUAAUAUUUUCCUCGUUAAACACUGAUAUCUCGAUUGUAUUGGAUUGGUGGGGAAUAAAUGGCUGUUACAACGUAUCGAGGUUAUCAAUGCCGCAACUGCAAAAAAACGUGAAUGCGUCUACGAACAGAGUAAUCUACUGUAGACUGCACU